AUGCUUGCUUGGUUGAACAACUUGAAAAAACCACGUACCAAAUCGUCAAAUGGUACUAUGCACAAGGACAAGAGCUUAAAACGAUUGAAAGAGACUUCUACUCCUUACACUCCUGAAAAAUUGAAAUUCGAUUUCUUAGAAGAAAAGGACGUCCAACGGAUCUUUAGAAACCUCUCAUUCCACGACCUUUUGAUGUGCAGAUCAGUGUCGAAGAAGUGGAGAGACUCUGUUAGUCAAGUCGAGGAAAUCAAUAUAUUGGAGCCAAUACCAAAAAUCGCGACAGUCUUCCCAAAUAUAACAAAGCUUGCUAUCGACCCAAAUAAAAAGUCCGACCCAUCAGAAUUGCUCCUUGGAUUUUCAAAGUUAACUUCACUGAAAUGCAGGAUGAUCCCACAAAAUACUGCUAAUAAAAUGACAACUUUGAGGAAUUUGGAUUGUCCCGAUGUAGAGCCACCAAAGUACUCUUCCUACUAUGAAACAGACUCUAUCAAGAAGGUGGCGAAAUACCACCACCUUGUGUCGUUAUCUUUGAAUGGGGUACAAGACCGUGACAUUGACCAAAUAUCGAAAUUGACGAAUCUUCAAAAACUCUCCAUUAACUCGCGAAAGUUUGUCGGUAAAAUCGAGUCGUUAGUGGACGUCAGUCAGUUGACUUCUUUAGAAAUCACGGGGUCAUCUCUGUCUCAUGAAUUCUUCUACAAUUUGUACCUCUUCCCCAAGUUAUUUACAUUGAAGCUCAACAAGUGUAUUUUACCAUUGAGUACUGUGCCAGCACAGACUCCUUUAUCUCAAUUAGGGCCCAAAGAUGGGUUCAUUUAUUUAAUCGGAUGUAAUGCACUCCACAUCCUUAACAUCACUUCUUCAAAUGUUUCCGAAUACCACAUGGAAGUCAUAGGAAGGUUAAGACACUUACGAGUAGUCUCUUUCAAAGGAUGUACUUUACUCACGGACAAUGCUUUAUUACUCCUGAGAGAGUCGAUUGUGGCAGGUAACAUUUUAGAGUUAAAUUUGUCUGAUACUUUGAUCUCACAUAUUGGACUCCAAGUCGUGUCUUCCUUGAAAAAUUUACGAGUGUUGGAUAUUAGUAACUGUGGCGCUAUUAAAGUCCUUUCCCCCCUCGACGAGCUGAAGAACCUUGAAAUCCUUAAGAUGAAGAAUGUUGAAGUGAACAAGAACACCCUCGAUGGACUUCUCCAAAACCCUUCACAACAUCUGAAGCAAAUUACAGUCGCUUCGGACUCAUUUGAUGAUGCGUUGGUCUCCCUUUGCUGUACCAAAAUUCCUUCAUUAAAAGUUUUGAACUUAGAACAUAGUCACAUCACUACUAAGGGCUUGGAAUCACUUGAAAUCAUUCCAUUCAUUAGAUUUAUCGACUUGUCAUCGACCGAAGUGAAAGAUGAAGUAUUUGGGCAAUUGUCUAAGGCUUUAUGUCUUGAAAGUAUUGUGAUGAAGAGAUGUCUUAAUAUCACAGGAGAAGGAAUUAAACAAUUAAAAACACUCUAUGGCCUUCGUGUGUUAAACCUCAAUGGGUGUAAACAACUGACGGACUCUGCUAUUGAAGAAAUGAAAGAACUCACGGUGGAAACUUUGCGCAUCUCAACUUGCCCUAACUUGUCGUCAGCUAUUUAUAAACAUUUAGUACAACUGAAGUACCUGAAACGUGUCGAUAUGUCUUUUAAUAACUUGAAUGAUGAUGGAAUAGAAGAACUUAAGAAGUGUACUUGGCUUGAAGUCGUCUAUUUGUUUAACACUCACGUGACUGAAAAAAGUGUUAAACUUCUGUUAACCCUUCCAAACAUCAGAAAAAUCGACGCAAAAAAUUGCGGCAUUCAAACUAAGUUCAAAGAAAAUUGCGUCGUUUGCGUCAAAACAACUAAAAGCAAAACUAAAAGGGAUUCUAAAAAGGAAGAAGAGCAAAGUGAUGAUGGACAUAACAGUGCAGAUUCAGAUAAGGAAUAA